AUGGACAUUCCCAAGGUGAUCACCAAGUUAGAGAUGGAGAUGGAGGAGUCGCAAAACCAGCGCGACGUACGCGUUGAGCAGCUUUGGAGAAGGCUGGACUACCAAGGCACAGGCGAACUUGAUUGGAAGGGGUUACAAAAAGGCCUCAAGAGGAUCGAUCAUCCAAUGAAAAAUGCCGAUGACUUGUUGAAGAGUAUAAUAAAGGUUGUGGAUUCGAAUGGCGACGGCAAGAUUCAGUAUGAGGAAUUUCGAGUCUUUGUCGAAGCUGCUGAGCGUCAGCUCUACGUUCUUUUUAAAUCUAUCGAUCGAGAUCAAAAUGGGAAGAUUGAUAAGGAAGAGCUUCACCAUGCUGUGCAACGUGCUGGUCUUGCGGUCCCCUUACGCCGGUUGGAUGAAUUUUUCGAGAAUAUCGAUCACAAUCGUGAUGGGUUUAUUACUUAUGAAGAAUGGCGAAAUUUUCUCCUUUUCAUGCCUAACACUGAUUCUACCACCACACUGCGGGCAGUCUUCACCUUCUACACAGAUAUCCUCACUCUCAAUUCCGAAGGUGACUCGGUAGUCAGCGAGGAAACUCUUCAUGGCUUAGGUACGAAUAUUCUCUCCACCCUUUUUGGUUCAAUCUUCAGAAUCGCCUGCCCACCGGAUGAUGAGUAUAUUCCUCCAUCGUCGAAUUCGAACGAGGAGGAACGCGAACAAAGAACAACAGUGACACAUAAUUCUCCGACAGCCGACGAUACGACCAACAUGACUAUAGCUGCAGCGCAGCCGUAUAAUACCUCCGAAACUACUACUUCUACCGAUGAUAUCUUCGGCACUAAGCAGGAGAAGCUUCCCGCAGCAGAAGGCACUGAGAUUGAACCGGGAUUGAGUAAAACAAGCAAAAGAUCUAUGCUGAUUAAAUACCUCCCCGAUCCAGGAUAUUUCAUUGCUGGUGCUGUGGCGGGAGGCAUCUCUCGUACUGCUACUGCUCCGCUCGAUCGAUUGAAGGUCUACCUUCUCGUGAAAACAACAGCAAGCGCCAAUGCCGCCGUCGACGCCGCCAAGAAGGGCCAAGCCAUCCGUGCCUUAAAACAUGCUGGCGGGCCCUUAGUCACAGCUAUCACCGAUAUAUACAAGGCUGGAGGUGUUCGUGGAUUCUUUGCUGGCAAUGGACUUAAUGUGGUUAAGAUCAUGCCAGAGACAGCAAUUAGGUUUGGAGCAUACGAGGCUGCUAAGAAGACCCUUGCAAGCCUCGAAGGGCAUAAUGAUAUGCAUCAGAUCAAUCCGUAUUCUAAAUUUGUAGCAGGCGGUGUAGCAGGCAUGACUGCACAGUUUUGUGUCUAUCCUCUAGAUACCCUCAAGUUCCGCUUACAGUCGGAAUACGUUUCUGGCGGCCCACGCGGCAACGCCCUUCUCUUGCAAACUGCGCAGAAGAUGUGGGCAGAAGGCGGCGUGCGGGCUACCUAUAGGGGUGUGACUAUGGGCCUUAUCGGCAUGUUUCCGUAUUCGGCCAUCGAUAUGGGUACAUUUGAGCUACUUAAGACGACCUACAUAUCAUACAAAGCCAAGGCUGACGGUAUUCAUGAGGAGGACGCUCGCCCAAGCACUUUUGUGACAGGAAUUAUGGGAGCAUCAUCAGGUGCCUUUGGCGCUUCGGUAGUCUACCCUUUAAAUGUGCUCCGCACAAGGCUACAGACUCAGGGCACUAGCAUGCACCCAGCCCGUUAUACCGGCAUAUGGGAUGUAGCGCAAAAGACGAUUCGGAACGAAGGAGUCAGGGGUCUGUACAAGGGCCUGAUGCCGAAUCUACUCAAGGUCGCUCCUGCGCUUAGCAUUACGUGGAUGGUUUACGAAAAUACGAAGAGAAUCCUUCACUUGAACUAG